AUGGCCGGGAAGGGCGGGGCGAAGGCGGCCCGGCAGGUCGCGGCGGCGGAUUCCGUCCCGCCGUCCAACAACGUUUCGGCCGAUGCGGUCAAGACGAUCGUCAAGCCCCCCGGCGUUACGGCGUUCCGGCCGCGCGUGCCCGCCCCGACGCUCGACGGGGGCGGCAGCCCCGAGCCCGGGUCGUCCGCGGGAGGUUCCCCCGGAUCGACCGGCGGGGCGGCGACGCCCUCGCCCGGACGCAUCGCCAACGCGGCGUCCAGGCUGCAGGCGCAGCUCUCGCAGUUCACCGAGGGUCUCGCGAGGACCGACGCGAUGCUGCUGGCGGGGACGGAGGAGUUGACGCGGAGCACCGAGCGCCAGAGCAAGAGCGCGUACGACUUUACCGGAUCGAUGCUCGGGAUGGUUCGGGACUCGCACGCGAACGUGUCCGCGGCGAAGACGCGCGUGCAGGCGCAGCGCAAGGCGUUCAACGAUCUCAACGCCGAGCGCGACUCCUUACGCGUCGAGAAGGAAUCCCUCGCGCACGCCGUGGAGGACGCCGCGGCGAGACUCGCGGACAAGGACGCCGAGCUCGAGGUGGUCAACGAAUCGAGGCGAAUCCUGGAGAAGGAGGUGGAUGCCAAAGCCAAGCGGCUCGCGCAGACGGAGGCCAAAGUCGAGUCGCUCAACGACCAAAACGCUCAACUCGGCGCGCAGAUCGCGGCGAAGGAGCGCGAGGUGAACGACGCCGAGGCACGAAGGCGCGAGCUGUCCGCGAGGCACGAGGAGCUCGAACGGACGCUCGCGGCCGCACAGCUGGCGAGGGACCGGGCGAGCGCCAAAGCCACGGCGCUGGAGGAGGCGAACGCGGCGCUCGAGGAGGAGAUCGCGGCCGGGGAGGAGGCGGUGCUGGCGCUGCAGCGACAGACGGAGGAGUCGUUCAGCGCACUACAGGCGGAUCGGGAGGCGCUGCUCGCUCGUAACGACGCGCUGCAGCGGCAGAUGCGCGAGUCGCAGGCUCGACUGGACGCCGUGCGGGAAGAAGCCGCGGCGAUCAUCGCGGAGGAGCAGGGACGGACGGAGGAGCUCGAGGCGGCGUACGAGGAGACGCUGCUGGAGCUGGAGGAGAAGGGGGGCGAGGGGACGCUGAGGCCCAUGCUCGUGGAGGCGCAGAACAGGGAGCGGGAGGCGCUGGACCGCGUCGAGGAGCUCGAGCGAAAACUGCGCGAGUUGCGAACCACGCGGGGGUGA